UAUCUGUGCAAUGCUAGGAGCGUGCAGAGUUCGUAAACAGGGAAAAAGUGAAGGGAACGUGAGUGGAGUUUGUACGGCUGCAUGUCUCUGCAGUUCAUUUUCAGGGGGCAUCCAGGAAGGAGUGAAAACAGAGAAUGAUCACAUCAAUUUAAAAGUUGCUGGCCAGGAUGGUUCUGUGGUCCAGUUCAAAAUAAAAAGGCACACACCUUUAAGCAAGCUGAUGAAGGCUUAUUGCGAGAGGCAGGGCUUGUCAAUGAGGCAGAUUAGAUUCAGAUUUGAUGGACAACCAAUUAAUGAAGCUGACACACCUGCACAGCUGGAGAUGGAAGAUGAAGACACUAUUGAUGUGUUUCAACAGCAGACGGGUGGAGUGUGUUAAGAAAUGCCGUCCUUUUGAGAAGAGGAAUUUAAGGAUCCUUAUCAGACCUCACUCCCUCAUCUGUCCUUGGAUUUGCUAUUAAAUAGUAAACAAAUGAACAUGCCAAUCACACAGGAUUCUUCUCAAACUUAAGAGGACAUUUACCAGAAUUGCUUUCUUGUCUUUGACGUACUGCGUGUGCAAGUCAAAACGUUAUCUGCAGGGAUAUCUUAAAUUGGGCCAAUUUGAUUUAAGUUCAGAUGAAGUAAUAUGCGUUGUCUACCUGCUGUUAUCUUUUUUCUUUACACCUGUGGCCUAAAUAUUCAUCCAUGUUUUAGGACGUGGAGUGUUCGUUCCUGGCUCUUGUUGUUCUUGCCCCACAAAUCAUGUAAAUAAUUCAACAUAUUUUCAUGCCAAUCAUGAGCUUAAAAGUUUCCUCUUAAAAUAGGGCUAAGAGGAAGAAAAGAGAGGCUGACUUAAAAUUUUUAGUAUGUAUUGCCAACACAGUUAGUUCAGAACUCUUUAGCCUAUGACACAAGGCCUGUACAUGCAGAUACAAUGCUUAGUAUAGAGUCAGAGUUAGAAAUAUUGCAAAUUUACACGUGCUUUGUCAUAACAUGAUAAAGUUGACUGAAAUGUACUUUCUUCAUGCAGAAAUGAGGGUUGUCCUGAAUUAUUGUUGGAAAUGGAGUUAUCGGAGCAGCUGAUCCGAAUCUAAUGCUCGCGAUAGAGCAGCAGUAUUUUGUUCUGGAAGUCUAUUUCAAAAAAAAAAAAAAAAAAGCCCCUCACUGCAACUUUAUCCAUUUACUAAAUGAUGGGCAGAAUUUGUAACUUUCUUCUGCUCCCUUUAGUAUGACUCCAAAAACUGUAUCUUUGUUUCUCAGUUGGUACUAGAAAUAUGUGGCCUCAGGUUUCUUUUUAAUACUUGUCUUUGGUAGAUGAACUUGAUCUGUAAUUGAGGAAAAAAAAUACACUUUUAGGGUCACCAAGCUGUAUGUGCAGAAGAGCUGUCAAGAGCCUGGUAAGCAAGGAAAUGCAUAUAUAUGUGUGUGAGUGUGAGUGUGCGUGUGUGUGUGUGUGUAUAUAUAUAUAUAUAUAUUAAAAAAAAAAAUCUUGCAACAAAUUUCUGCUCUGCUCCUUCCCAAAAUGUAUGGAAUUUUAAAUGCAUUUGUGUGAUGAGUUUGAGCUCCUUUUGAAGUGUGAAAUCUAUUCCAAGUGAGUUUUUAAAAAGGCCAUCCUAUUAUCCUUCAAUAGGUUGUCCAUUGCUGCUUGGUGAGGUCGUUAUCUGCCUUUUAUAUUUACCUGACCAAUUUGACAAUGUUAGAUCAUCUCCUGCUUGCUUGAAAUCUUGCUGAAAAGGUCCUUAUUUCCUUUUUCAUUUUAUUGUAUAUGGGUUAGGGGUGGGAUAUCCUGUAGAUCUCAUUGUUUAUUCACCAAUUUGUACAUUAUUUGUUGUCCUUUACUAUUGUAUACAGUAAAUAUAGUUUGGUACUCUGUCUCUUGGCCUACACUUAAUACUGCUGUGUUCCAGUUGCCUCUACUUGGAAUUGGGCUGCUGAAGUGCUGUUGUUUUCUUUUCCUGUGUAUCUUAAAAGCCUUACACUUCUAAUACGAUUAUGCUGAGUGUGGUUGUGCAGUUAUAUUAUGCAUCUGUCCAGGACGGGUAGGAUUACUGUAAAGGAACGUCUCCUCCAGAUGGUUAUUCAAGGUGUAUUACUGUCUACUCGGGAGGAAUAUCAAUUGAAUACAGCUGUUCACACAGCAGUGGUAUAUUUGAGUUCUUCAGAGAUCAGCUUUGGAAACUUUAAGAUUAAGAACAACAUACACAGCUAGCUAUAAAUCACUUGUGUCUACUAAACAACUGUUAGCAACAAAAUUCCAGGCUUACUAAGGCAUUUUUCUGUGCAAUAAAACUGUUAAAACUU